AUUUGUUGGUUAUACUAUGUUUUGUAAUACUGCCGCCUGAUCAAUCUUAAAGUCCCGCAUGCCACUUGAUGGUGCAUCAAGUCUCACUUGCUACAUUGUUGAGCUUCAAAAGGGGACGUUUCACCAAAUCACCAAGUCUUGGUUGAAUCUCCAAGUCGAAGACCAAAAAUCUCUAGCACUAAGGCGAAAUUUCCAUGGACAAGCCGACGUGUUCGAGCAAGACAAGUUUCCAUGUUCAGGGUGGAGCGUCCAUGAUUGGGGCAAGAACUCCACAGCCAAGGCAAAGUAUCCAUGUUCAAGGACAAAAUCUCCAAGUAAGGAUGAAAUCUUUGUGGUUGGGCACCAAAUCUUGGGUGUGGAACAAAAUCACCAUGUCUGGAAUGCAGAGAACACUCACACUGAUGCUGUUGCUGAGGGACAAUUAGCAAUGGUAGCAGUGAAUAACAGUUUAGAAAGGAGCAGGAGGCCUAUGAGAGGCUUUGCAUCAGGGCAAAAGUUGCUCCAGAAUGGUAAUUGCUGCUACUUUAUCGUCAGAAUAAGGACAAAGGACUCUAGUUGGUGAUUGUUGCUGCUCUAGUAGGAAAUGGCAACUGCUCUGGUAGGUGAUCAUUGCUGCUCUAAGCGUCAAAUUGUUCAAAAAAAAAAAAAUGAAGGCGAAACCUACUUCAAUUGAAGAAUGCUGCUGCUCUAUGGCUUUACUCUCCCAGAAGCAUCAAUUUAUAGAGUGGAUGGGAAGGCUUUGGAUUACGGCAGAUCUGAAAUCUUUUAAUUUAUUCAAGUUUGAGUUUAAACUUCUUUUGAUUUGUAGUUAAAACAAGAAUUUGCAGCCGAUGCAGUUACAGUGGAUGAGAUUUUGGAGAGUAGGAGUUUGUGUUUCAAACAAAUUUGCUUCGUUCAAUGGACUAAAAAAUAAAAGAAUAGCCUGUAA